AUUCUUGAAAUAAAUCUAAACAUAAAAAAAGUCAACAGACAAACUAAACCCGCUACAAACUGGUAAAACUACAGACAACUAUGUAACACAUACACAAUAAACCCUACCACUGGAACCACACAGGAAAUAGGUACUCAAAUUCAAAACUUAAUGGAGAAGAUAAACUCCUCCUACAAAAAAGCAACAAAGUGAAACUCAAACUCUCAUCUAAAAAAGAAACAAAGCCAGACGCAAAUACCAAAAGACCUUAAACCUCUACUAUAAACUACCAUGAAACAUGACAACAGGAAAAAUCAAAGAAGAAAUAAAAAGAAUAUAAAAUGAAAUAUGGACAAAGAAACUAAAAACCUUAAACACCAAAGAUAACUUACUAUGGAAAAUAUAUAAACCAAAAAUUCAAAAAUGCCAUCACCAAUUGAUCAAAGAUUAAUUGAUGAACACAGACAAAAUCUGUAACAGACGAACAAAAAGCGGAAUUACUAGCAAACUACUUUAAAUCAAUACAUGGCCAAGCACAUAAUCAAAAAUCCACAAUGCAACAAAUGAUAGAACUAGAUACCCAAGAAAACUCAAUUACAACUAAUGAAAAACUAAUAUUGAUCACCGAAUCAAAUCAAAAAGAUAAUUAUCAAACUCAGUAAUAAAACCCUGGGACAGGACCAAAUCACAGUCCACAAAUUAAAAAAUCUACCAAAAACUCUCCCAACCAGCUAUAAACUCAUUAGCUUCCUAAGCAUUCUAGGCAAAAUACUCGAAAUAUUAAUAUACAAAUCCCUAAUAGACUAUCUAAAUCAAAAUAAUAUACGAAUCAAUGAGCAAUUCGGCUUUAGAGUUAGCACUCAACAAUCCACCAACUGUUCAGAAUAAGAGAAUAUAAUAAAAACAGGUACACAGAAAUGCUAUUAUUAGAUCUUCAAAAAGUGUUUGACUCAGUAUUGCAUUAAGCAUAUAUAAACUCAAACAAUCGAGACUCUAACAAACAUAAUCAAAAUUCUCCAGAAUCAUUUCAAAGACAGGUACAUAUCAGUUUUCAUAAAUGGCACGUACUCCACUCCCAACAAAUACAAGCAAAUGUACCACAAAGAUCAAUUCUAGCACAGAUGACAGCAAUCCUAGCCUCAUCCUGGUAAUCUAAACGAGCAACCAUAUACAUGCGAGCCCAUCUCCAAGACAUCGUUAAAUAUUUCCAAGAUUGGAAAUUAAACCUAAAUGAAGACAAAACUCAAGCCAUAAUCUUUCACAGAAAAUGCAUCACAAAACCAAAAAAAAAUCAGAAUCAACAACUACGAUAUCCCAUGGUCAAAUAUAGUAAAAUACUUAGGUAUAAUUCUAGACGCUAAACUCAACUGGGCCGAAACCAUACAAGACAGAAUAAAAAAAAACCAUGCCAGUUAUUAGACUCGUAUACCCACUAAUCAGUCGCAUAAGUCCCAUAACAACAAAAAUUAAGAGAACACUAUACCUCGUAUGUGCCAAAACAAUCCUCACCUCGGAGUCACAGCCUCCAAAACCCAAACAAUGCAAGUAGUACAAAACAAAUUCCACAGAAUCAUACCAAAUAAAUACAGACAAAGAAAUUUACAAGACCUUCACAAACGGAUAAAUGUCCUUUCAGUGGAACAAUACAUUCUAAAUUCCCUAAAAACCCUAAAAACCACCUACAAAUACAAUCACCCAAACCCAUUAAUUGCCAACAUAGAGAAAUAUGACCCAAACAACAUCUCAAUGAAAACAAAAAUAAAAACUACCAGACAAAUCCUACUGUCACAAACCUAAAACACACACUAUACUAAUUCACCUAAUCAAUCUCUUCCCCUACAAAUGUAUAGGUUUUUGAAAGUUUUAUUCUAUUAGUCAUACAUGUAAUGAACUAAUUAUAAAAUUAUGUUCACAGAAGCCAAAUAUUAACUAACCAUUCAAGAUAAAUACAGGUAGAAGGUUAUCACUAACCCAGGUACUGUAUCAAACACAAAGAGAAACGGGAAAAAAAAAUGUACGGACUUGACUAUCAACGGUCGUUGAGAUUGGUCUCCUUGCUCGCACCGAAAGUGACCAUUUUGUGUUAUUGUAGUUUAUUACCAGUAUUAUUAAUUUUUAGUGUCAAGUGUUAUUAUUAGUGAUAUUAAUAAUUAGUGAUAUAUAAAUUGUGGCAAUUAAUAUCGUUAUUAGUAAUCGUUCUUUUUAAUCGUUUUACACUCUAAAUUACAUACACAUAUCUUUACUAUUAAUAUUAUGGCACCAAGAAAAAAAUAUACGACAUUAAACAUGCAGCAACGCUUGGAUGUCUUGAAGGAUCUUCGAGAAACAGGAUUGUCAACUAAACAAAUUGGAAAGAAAUAUGGCGUUGGCAUCAAAACAAUCCAUCGCAUUCUAAGAGAUGCUACAAAAAUUGAUGCGUUUGCAGAUAAAAGUAAAUGCGAACUUAAACGACGAAGAAUAGUAAAGCCACAGUAUGACGAAAUAGAUAAAGAAUUAUUGUCAUGGUUCAUACAAAGAAGAACACUUGGUGAUCGUAUAACCGAUGCUCUUAUAUUAGAAAAGGCGACGGAAUUAAAAGAAAAUUUGCCGUCAUGUUCGCGAUUUAAAGUGAGUAGUGGCUGGUUAUCAAAAUUUAAAAAACGUCAUGGCAUACGCUUAGUAAAAAUGUACGGGGAGAAAGCAAGUACUGAUCAGGAUGGGGCAGAUGCUUUUAUAUAUAAUUUUAAAAAAAUAAUAGAGGAAGGAAAUGCAAGUAUGGAAAAUAUGUACAAUGUGGACGAAAAUGGACUUGUAUGGAAGACUCUUCCAACGAAAACACUGGUUGGAGAAGAAGAAAAAAAUCUUAGCGGACAUAAAGCUAACAUCACAGGAGAACAAUGCCCCCCUGCACAUGUUGCACAAUUUUUAUUAAAUUGUGAGGAGGGAGGAAGAAGGAACGAAAACGAAGAAAUGGAAGAACUUAAAGAAGAACCGCAAGAUGAACCACAAGAAAUGACUUUUGAUAAUAAUGAAAUUGUAAACAACGAAUUACGUGUUCUCAUCGAGGGAAUAACAUCUCAUACUGCAACUGCACCGCCUUACGUAAAAUGUCUCGCGCAGGGAUUAAAAUUAUACUUCUUGAGCAAGGAAUAUCAGAUAAGAAACAGAGGAAAACCAUCGCCGUAAGCCACGAUACUAAACAAUUCCAAUGAUGAUGCGCAACAAAACAAUUGAAUGUAGAAUAUAAUUUUGCACUUAUCUAAUUAUGCAUAAUAUCAGUACAGCUUUUUAAUGUACAGUUUUUAUUAAUACAUGUAUGACAUUGUA